AUUUUUUUUUAAACACUGAAGGAGAACAUUUUACCUGUCCUUGGCAAAGAUGAAGUCUGACCUUUGGUAUUUCUUUCUCUUCUGCUUCCAAGUUGAAGUUCUAACAGGAGAAACCAAACAUUCUGCCAAGUCUGAAAUGAUUUCAUAUCACAAUGGAGGCGUACAAAUUUUAUGCAAGUGCCCUGAGGAUGUUCGGCAAUUCAGGUUGCAGUUGCUAAAAGGGACUCAAGUAUUCUGUAAUCUCGCUAAAGCAAAGGGAAGCGGAAACACACCACCCACCGAGAACCUGAAAUCCUGUCAGUUAUCCAAUGAUAGUGUCUCUUUUUUUCUGAACAACUUGGACAGUUCUCAUGCCAGCUAUUACAUCUGCAAUCUAUCAAUUUUUGAUCCCCCUCCUUUUCGAGAGAUUGUUACCCGAGAGUAUUUGCAUGUUUAUGAAUCACAGCUUUGUUGCCAACUGAAGUUCUGGUUACCCCUGGGAUGUGCAGCUUUUGUUGUCAUCUACAUUUUUGGAUGCGUAUUUUUAUGUUGGCUUACAAAAAAGAAGUGUCCGUCCAGCGUGCACGACCCUAACAGUGAGUACAUGAUCAUGGCAGCAGUGAACACGGCCAAGAAGCCUGGACUCACAGAUGUUACUCGUAACUUGGGACUCUCUAGUCCUCCAGCAUGAACCUCGUUGGCCAUCUCCCUGCUACCUGAAGUGCAAGAUUUCCUUAUUUCCUGGACCAUGGAGCAUCUGACUUGAUUCGACUACAUACAUCUUCUACUGGUGUUUGUUCAAUCUGGACCAGUGACUGCAUCAGUCAACAGAGAUUUUAACAGACUGCCUCAGUGCUGUUGAGUUCUAUUCAAACAAACGUCCUUCCAGAACUAGCUUUCCAGAAAGCCUGGCUCAUGCGUGCUCAACAAAUGGACCUCGCUGGACUGGAAUCACUGUCUUCACAUCUGCUUCUAGCAGCACAUCAGCCAGUAAACAAGCACAUCUACAAAUGUUUUUAAAAUGUGUUUAGGGUACUAAAUCUACAAAGUGAAUGGGCAGCCAAGGGCCAGCAUCUGUCCACAUUUCAUGAACAGACUACCUCUUCUCCUUAUAGGAUGCACAUCCCUCUUUUAAUCAGACAGUAGCAGGAGAGGCUACAAAAUUGUAGCUAUUUUAUUUCUGAGGUGUCAACAUGUAACUAUAGUGUACUAAUACAUGAGUACACAGUACUCUUUUCCAACUUCUGAACCUCAGUCCACCACUCCACCAAGAGUGUAGAUGCCUUCUACUCUCAGUUUUCUGUUUGAACACACUUCUUCAUGACUACUUGACAGAUACCUUGAGUAGGGAGCUAUGUCUAUAUUUUUCCUCUACUGUUCAAUAAAAUACAUAUAUAUAUAAUAUACAUUAGUAUUUUAUAUAUAGUCACAGCCUAUAUUCUUUCUACAAGUAUAUUUCUGCUCCCAGAAAACAUCUUCCCCCAGAUAUUCAGUUAAAAUGGUAUACUUUUUUGACUUGUUGGUAUUAGUUGUAGGAAACACUGACCAGAAUGAAAAGUGACUUCAUUUUAUGACUCUGUUUUCUACAAUUACCUAUGUUUUCAAGGUGCUAUUAAUUACAAGCUAGGCUAUUUUUGUAGAUCAUAUUACAAUUGCAAACAAAUAAAACCUGUAACUGUCAAACAUUGUCCUGGGAUAGAGCCAAUGACCUAUUCAGCAAGAAAACUACAGUUUCUGGACGUCACUGCCAAACUACAGUCAUGCUGCCACUGGCGUUGACAGGUUGAAAUAACCUCUAUUAACCUGGAGCAGGGUUGAGAGACUCCCCUGAUCUAGAGACAACCAGGUAUGCUUGCCCCCAGAGACUGAAGUCAGCCUGGGGACCAUAGUGGGUGAGCCUGCAUUUGUACCACCAGGAUGUAUGAAGAAGCACAGACAUGUCAGAGGACUUCUGCAUGACUGCUGCUCCUCGAAAUCAUUCAGCCUGGAAACUGACCUGGCCUUUUAAGAUAGUCCUCCUUCAAAUAUAAUUUGAUUAGAAAGAUUCUUCAAUACCUGGAAUGUGAAUAUUCUUAGCCUAGAUAUUUUCUCUAUUUUCUGUCUGCUUGCCAAAGACUUCUAAAACAGCCAAUGCAUAUUCAAUAUUUUUAAUAGUUUAUCUUCAUUGUAUUUUUUUCCAUUACUAUUGAUCACCCUAAUACCCUGUCCCAACUCCACCCCCACCCCUGCAAUCACUGCCUGUUGUCUGUGUCCAUGAGUUCUUUUUCUUUUUUGCUCAAUCCCACCACUCCCAGCCUCCCUUUCCCCAAGACCAAAAUAGAAAUGGAUUCAUAGAUAGAGAACAGGAUGACAACUCAAUGACAUUUUUAACUUUAGGUGAAAUGGGAUUAUUUAGUAGUUUUAUAAUUUGUAAUUGCCUGCUUAUAGAUUACUUUCUAAAAGACACCUGAUUUGUCAUUAUGCAUGCUUAUAUUAUUUUAAGAAUGUGUAAUGCUGGAUGUGUACAGUACAAUACUGAAUUUGUAAUUUGAAUCAAGUAUGGUGUUCUCUUUUCAACGGACUUGAACAACCUAGCUGGCCUUGCAGAGGUGUUCCCUAAGUUAUUUGCAGCUUUCUGUGUGGAGGAUCAGGGUGGGAGGAGAUCUGGUUGUCUAAGCUGUGCCCCGCAGCAUCCUCGUCCUCAGCAUGGGACAUUUCAAAGGGAAUUAUUGAAAGAUACAAUUUCUAUGAAAUAAAAACUGGUUUAAAGAGGAGCUACCUAUGAACUGGAUUUUAGUAGUAGUAGGAAGCUAAAGAAUAAACAUUUGAUAU